UCGAAGUUAGUUUGCUCUCUGUUUAAUUGCCCUUAAAACACACACUCUCUCAUAGAGCACAGAAGGUGAGAGCGCAAUGAAGUUUUCUGGGUAAUGGCUUGAAAUGUUUUCCUUCUGAGAAGCGGUGUUGAGUUACAGCAUGCAGGGAACUGGGAGGAGAGAAGCGGGAGAGAAGCGGCAGCAGGCAGCACCGUCCUAGCCCCACUUUUUCUUAGGCUCGAAGGAAGGUGGACAUGGACCCUCCCAGACAAGAUGCAGUGAACUGUCCCGUGGUGGCUGCAGCCGACUGCUCUGGGAGUCACCUGGGGCCAGUGUUUACUAGGGCUUAGCCAGGGCCAGUGAGCAGGCAUAGAUACUUUUCAGUGAAAUGCCACGCAGGCAGAGAGUGACAGGCAGUCAGUAGGAGCUGAGCUUUUCCCUCUUGGACGGCUGUUUCCUGCUAGGUUCAGGAGAGGCAGGGGGCCUGGCUCCUGCUUCUGCUGCUGCUGUCUCAACUCUCUCUCCACUCCAGGUAAGCAGACUCAGAGGGAGGGCAAGCUGCAAGGCGCUUCUUUGUACGAUGAACAAGAUCCGAAAGUUUUUCCGAGGAAGUGGGCGAGUCUUGGCAUUUAUAUUUGUAGCUUCUGUCAUCUGGCUGCUCUUUGACAUGGCAGCUCUCCGCCUCUCAUUCAGUGAGAUCAGCACUGGGAUACUCACUGAAGACAUCAGAAGGAGGGAGCAGACAGGAUUCAGAGUCCAGCCAGACCAAAUGAAGAUCCUCUACACCAGCAUCACAGGGAUGGGGCUGCCUCGGCAUGGGGUGUGGGCCGAGGAGAACUUUAGGAAGGGAGAGGACCACGUACACAAAGUGAAAGAGAAUGUGGACCAAGUCCAGAGGAGAGGGAAAAUGCAGAUCCCCCUGGGAAGGGGAAGAGCUGUGCCUCUGUGGCAUCCUGCACAUCUACAAACCCUCCCAGUGCAUCUUACCAUGCAGAAGACAGAGAUGAGAGCCCGCAAGCCUCAAGCCCCCUCCCAGCACAUGGCACCCAAGCAAACAACAGUUUCUUCGCAGAGGACCCCAUCCACAGCAUCAAGAGGAACUCUACUGACCAAAAUAUCAGUAUAUACAGAAACCUUCGCUAAAAAACAAGAGGCCCCGAAGAAUCAUACUCUCAGUGGUAAUGCAUCGAAGCAAGCAUCUGAACGGACCCUGAAUGUGACCAUCGGUGUCACGACUGACAGAUCAAAGCAGCAAUCACAGAUGGUAACAAAAGCGAAGACACACUUUGCCAGUCCUCCAAUUCUGAAAUCUGGGGAAGCCAUAGCCAUAAAGAAAACUGAGGCUCAGGGUAAAGAACUAAAACACAAAGGCCAUAAAGUGCUACCUCUUUUUAAGUUCAUCGCUGACACAGGUCGUUUAAAGAAGCAAGCUAUGAAUGAGACACAGCUGCGAGGCUUGCCAGAAGAUGAUGGGGUCAACGUGGUGCCAGGGAAGAAGCUUAAUUUCUCGGAAAGCCAGGUUGUGAUUAUAACCAAAGAGGAGGACCUGAGGACAGAUACCAAAGAGAUGCCUGCUCCUAAAGCCCAAACUGCCAUUCCUGAAUUACUGGGUGGAAGCCAAGGAAAACACAUCCCCAGGAAUCAAAGCAAAACAUCUUCCUCUCUACUAGCUCCACAGAGAGCGAUGUCUCAAGCCAAUCUGGCCUUAGCGGGGGACCUCCAUUCAGCAAGAAGAAACGUGACUGCCAAGGCCCAGACUGCGGGACACCAGCAAAGCCACACAAACGCCCCUGAAAACCCUGGAAGGCACCGUGUGCUGAGAGUCGAUGUGACUCUUUCUCCAAGGGAUCCCAAUGCUCCAGGUCAGUUUGGGCGCCCUGUGGUGGUUCCCCCUGGAAAGAAGGAGGAGGCAGACCGACGAUGGAAAGAAGGGAACUUCAAUGUCUACCUUAGUGACUUGAUUCCAGUGGACAGAGCCAUUGAAGACACAAGGCCUGCAGGGUGUGCAGAGCAGCUAGUUCACAAUGACCUCCCAACCACCAGCAUCAUCAUGUGCUUUGUAGAUGAGGUGUGGUCUGCUCUCCUGAGGUCUGUGCACAGCGUCCUCAACCGCUCUCCUCCACACCUCAUUAAGGAGAUUCUUCUGGUGGAUGACUUCAGCACCAAAGACUACCUAAAAGGUAAUUUGGAUAAAUACAUGUCUCAGUUUCCAAAAGUUCGGAUCCUUCGCCUCAAAGAGAGACAUGGCUUGAUCAGAGCAAGGCUGGCAGGGGCACAGAAUGCGACAGGUGAUGUGUUGACAUUCCUAGACUCUCACGUGGAAUGCAAUGUGGGCUGGUUGGAGCCACUUCUGGAAAGAGUUUAUUUAAAUAGAAAGAAAGUGGCCUGUCCGGUAAUCGAAGUCAUCAACGACAAGGACAUGAGUUACAUGACAGUGGACAACUUCCAAAGAGGUGUCUUCACGUGGCCCAUGAACUUUGGCUGGAGGACAAUUCCUCCAGAUGUUGUUGCAAGAAAUGGAAUUAAAGAAACCGAUGUAAUAAGGUGCCCAGUCAUGGCAGGUGGAUUAUUCUCCAUUGACAAAAGUUACUUUUAUGAACUUGGAACUUAUGACCCUGGUCUUGAUGUUUGGGGAGGAGAAAAUAUGGAACUAUCAUUCAAGGUCUGGAUGUGCGGUGGUGAAAUCGAGAUCAUUCCCUGUUCCAGAGUGGGCCACAUAUUCCGAAAUGACAAUCCCUAUUCCUUCCCCAAAGACCGCAUGAAGACAGUGGAACGAAAUCUGGUGCGGGUGGCUGAGGUCUGGCUUGAUGAGUACAAGGAACUCUUCUAUGGCCAUGGGGAUCACCUCAUAGACCAAGGGUUGGAUGUGGGCAACCUCACCCAGCAAAGGGAGUUGCGCAAGAAGCUGAAAUGCAAAAGUUUCAAGUGGUACUUGGACAAUGUCUUUCCUGACUUGAAGGCUCCCGUUGUGAGAGCUAGUGGUGUGCUGGUGAAUGUGGCCCUGGGCAAGUGUGUGUCCAUCGAAAAUACCACAGCCACGCUGGAAGACUGUGACGGGAGCAGUCAGCUUCAACAAUUUAACUAUAGCUGGGUAAGACUUAUUAAGCAUGGAGAGUGGUGCAUGGCGCCCGUCACUGAUCAAGGAUCCCUGAGACUCCAGCCAUGUGAUAACAGAGACAACAAACUCAAGUGGCUGCACAAGUCAACCUCGGGCUUUAGUCCAGAGCUGGUGGAUCACAUUGUUUUUGAAAACUAUCAGCAGUUGUUAUGUAUGGAAGGGAAUUUUUCUCAGAAGACCCUGAAAAUGGCCACUUGUAACCCAAUGGAACCAUAUCAAAAGUGGAAAUUUGAAAAAUACUAUGAAGGCUAAAGAGGAAUGUUUUAUCUGGUUAACCCCCCACCAGAUUCUGUGAAAAUCAAACCCAAGUUGGUGACUGUAUUUCUCUCCUUAGUCAUUUAAAUUUUCCAUUUUAAUAGCAUUUAAAUGGAAGAUUUUUUUUUUAAGCACCAAAGGAUAACUCAGGGAAACAGGCCACCACUGGACUGGAAUUCUUCGACUCUGGGUGGCCUUUGGAAGUGUUUAUGCCCUGCUCAGGGCUGUGGUGCAUACUGCAAGUCUUCCUCAUGUGCUUUCACAGGUAACCAGAAUUGAAGACAUGUCAUGAUGUCAUGAUCAUGACUGCUAGUUGAGCAGUUCUUCUGGCCCAUGAGAGGAGGUAAAACCAACUGGAUUCUGCUUUCAUCAAAUUCAUCUACAUGGAUUCUCACACUGGGAAGACGCAGCUAGCUGCACAGAGACACUGACCAUGUUUACCUGAAAGUGUAUAGCAGUACUGAUAACUCUCCAUGACCUCUUUCUAAUGGGGGUGUUGAUCUGGAUGACCAGAAAGUUUUCUUCCAAAUCUGAAGCAGUAAGGGAAAAAAAUUAAGUGGAAAGGAAGUAGCCUUCAUGUAAUUAAUUCUGUGUGUUCUUUCCAUUCGUUUUGUGCUUUUUAAUAAUGCUACAUUUUAAAACAAAACCUCGUCAUAGCAGUAAUUUCUUAGGUUUUUGUAUUUCUUUAAUGUAAAGAAAGAUAGGAGUUUGGGUGACAACACACUGUGUUAACUAAACUUGCACUUGAUCAUGGAACAUCUCAACACAGAGUGAGAAGAAUUGAUAAAAUUAAGGCAGAAAUGAUACAGAAGAAUAGGACAAACCUUGAAAUACUAAAACAAUAAAAAUACUACACUAGAUUUACCAAUAUUCACUUGGAUGAAGUAUGCUAAAUACUCUAAUACAUGCCAAAGCAGACAUGAAUUUAAAAGGAAGAAAAGGAGGUGAACAAUUUGAGGAGAUAGUUGAGUAAAGACUUGUCCCAGACUUGACAAAAUAAAGAAGGGAAUGUGGUACUUCUGAGGGGGAAAGACAGAGCAAAACCCUCAUGUGGACCUGAAACUAACACAGGCCAGCCAUAGAAAGCUAAAUGUUUCUUUAUCCAAACUGAGCUCUCACAUUAGGUAUACCAAUCCUUAAGCACUGCAGAAGAAAGCUUAGGGACCAUGCUCUACUAUAAUCCUUUUGGUAAGGAAAUUGAUGUUAGGAGAAAAACUGCCCAUCUGAAAACUCCUACAGACCAAUUGGGGUGAACGGGGUAAGAAUUCAAAUCUCUAGGUGUGACUCAACCACCAGUUUGAUCUGAGUUUGCCCACUGUGGUCCUUCAAAAGGAGAUAAGCCAACUUCCUUACUGAAGCUUCACCCCUUCAGACUGGCCAUGCUUAUUCUUACUGGUGGAUUUAAAUCUUUGUUCACAUGAUAUUAUGGUAAAACUGAGCAUUUUAGUUCUGGUUUCCUAUUUGACACUUAAUUUUAUCUACCAAUUAGUUACCAAAAAAUCAUGACUAUCAAUGAAUAAUGGGAAAGAAAACAUUUUUUCUUUAUACAUUUACAGCAUAUACAGUAUAUUUAAGAUGUUUCAUUCCAGUAACUGAUGAUUAGAAAUGAGAUAAGAGAAUAUUUUGAAAAUGAGAUAAUUCUUUCUAAAAUAGUCAUAUAGGAAGAAAAAAACAAAAACAAGCAAACAAAAUAUACAAGUCUUUGCUAAUGAGCUAAUUGAGUCAGUGACUAAACAGUACACUGAGUGAUCCAUGUCAUUUUCAUGUAACUGAGACACCUUGAACAUCCCCCUGCCCUCUGGUCUAUAGAGUGUCUAUUUUAUCCAAGGACAGUUUCUUCAAAGAAAAAUCAAGUCCUUUUAGCAACAGAUGAGGCAUGCUUUGGAUCGACCCACCUUUGUAAGUGAAGAAAGUAAAUGUUUUUAUUUUUUUUCCCCAAGAGAAGCUUCUGUGUAGCCUGCUCAAUGUACUACCAAACUUUACCCAGAAUACAUAUUAUAUAAAGUUACCUCUGAGUACUGUCAGGAGAACAAAGGCUUUGUUUGAAACAUCAUGUAUUUAUUUAGGGGUAAAAUUUCAACAAACUCUCUACCAUACAUUUUUCCACUUACCCUAAGAUGCAAGGAAUUAGUCAUGAGUUAGGAAUCUGUGUGGGCCUCGCCUUGAAAGUACUGACUGAUUCUCAAAUCUACUGCCAACGUUUCUUGAAGCAUUAUCUCCCAAAUUUGUUUUUAGAAGACAAGAAUUAGUGUAUAAAUCCUACUACGGCAUCUUUUACAUGUAAUGACAAACCCUUGAGGUAACAUUUCGUGGUCCAAGAGAAUUCUCCAACAGGAGGAUGGGUUAUCAGGAGCUUCCCAUUUCCUUGACUUGGCUUAGCUUAUUGCCUUUUCUUAGAAAUAUGCCUAUGCAUCUUGUCAACUUGAACACGGAAUAGCCUUGCUAAUAAGUUAUAGAACUAAUUGGAUCAAAAUACUAACUUCCUGAAUGCUGGGAGUGCUUCCUCACCCUUCAGAGUGCACACUGCUUUCUCUUUUCAACAGUUAUGCAGAACCCCCCCUCCCCUCCCGUGGGAUGACACAGCUGUUGUUGCUACGGUGCUGUUUUAUCAUGAGCGUCAAAUUUGCUCAGUUCUGCUUGCUGACAUUCAAUUAUCUGUCAUUCACAGGACUGCAAAACCAGCCGUGCCAUGAUCGCAAUGCAUCAUCGGCUUCCCCCGCACUACUUCAGAAGCGUUCUUCUAGAUAUUAGAAAACCUUCUUUCUAGUGUUGGCUUAAAGAUUGCAAAGGGUCAUGGACAUCACUUAGAAUGGAUAAGACUUCAACAUUCCUAGCAUGUCCUAAUUUCAUGAAUGGGCUUACAAUGAUUUUCAAGGAACUCUUGGGCAAGAUAAUGGGGUUGAGGCCUACUAGGUAGCACCAGCUUGCUUCUUGUUGUUCAAACACUUUCACUUUUAUGUAGAACAUAGCCAAAAUGUCAGAUCUUAUGCAAAGACCCCAAUAGCUCAUAUAAAAACCACAGAACUACAAGAAAUGAAGGGAAAAGAGAAACUAAUUAUCAUUGAGUGCAUAUACCCUCCUAGAUUUUGUGUGUGCUGAUCUUAUUGGCUUGUAUACAACUUUCUUUCCUCCAUAUAAUAAGGGAGGUGUCUGUCUCUUUCUUACACUGAGGAAGGAUGUGAUCAUCCCAUUAACAACAGAUAAAACCCAGAAUAGAAUCAUUCUAUCUGGUCUCCCAAAAGUAUGCCCACUAGCACAUGCCAUGGCCAUUCCUUUUUUAAAGUAAUAGGGUUAUCAAUGUAGGCAAGCUCAGGUAAGCCCCCCAGGUUGUUCAUUACUGGUUUCAAGAUAAGGAAAUGAGGUUGGGUAAAAGCUUUUUGGUCUCUCUUGAAUGUUUCAUAACCAGGAAAUCAAGAUUGGGCUUCUCUGUUGAGCAGCUGAAGUAUAGAUGUUUGUGACAACCCUCAUAGCUCUUGUGUUGAUUCACCGUCUUGAUGUGAUGGAAGACUUCUCCACCUGCUGGACCAACCUGACAGAGAUCUAGAGAGCUGCUUCACUAUGAAUCACAGUACCCAACUCCCUUCUACCCUUUCUCCCUUCCAACCUUCAAGCAAAACUGACAAAUAAUUCAUUUUUAACAGAGAUAGAAAAUAAAAUUUUGGAAACCCCUUCAAUUUAAAACACAAGCCACAGGCUUUAACUUCAAUUCACUUUACAGAUUGUAUUAUAGUGAUUUUACAACUGCCACAUGGGGUAUUCAAUGAUUGCUGCAAGCCAACUACCUAGGAAAAGAGAACUGAUAAACAAAGCUAUUGUACAGAAUGUUUAUUUUUGACAAAUACUCAUGCCAUGGAUAUUUUGCUUAAGCCACAUAAAGUGUUAUGUUGCUCUGAGAUUGGUGGAUGGUGUUUCGGAUAUUGGGGUGUCUGCAUACAUUCCUCAGUGAGGAUUGGUGGAUGGUGUUUCAGAUGUUGGGGUGUCUGUGUGUGUUCCUCCGUGAGGCUUGGUGGGUGGUGUUUCAUAUGUUAGGGUGCCCGCGUAUGAAAGAAAGUAAAAACAAUCCAUAGUGCAGAUUCAAUGUCUGUUUUAACCUGAGGUAAAAACUGACAAUUACUGUCUCCAUCUGGUCCCUUUGCAGGUUUAUGUGAGUUCUCCAUUGUACAAACACAAACCAAUGUGGAAAUUUGCAUUUUCCAACAUGAAGACCAAUUUCAAAUAUGUGGAAUUCCUAAUAAUGGCAACCACCAUAAAAUGAGUGAAAACAAAUUCGUUUAUAUUGACCUCUAUCUGCCAGUUCAAAGACAGUGGUUAAAAAUGAGUACACAGAUAACGCCUUUGUUUUAUAUGUUGCAAUUAAAACUAAUAAAAUAUAUUUUAAGUUUUACUUGACUGUUUGAAAACAUCAGUUGUGAAAAUAUACACCUUGUGUGUGGACAUAUAUUGUGUGUAUGCAAGUGUUUCUUUAAAUUGGGAGGGGAUAAAAACCCUAGGUAUUGUGUGACAACAUAAAGGAAUACAGCAAUGGCAAGGAAUCUUCUAUACAGUGUUUCCAAUGGACUCGCCCUGUCUGCAGUUUCUCUAACACGAAAGUGAAAUUAAAUUACAUUUGUGGAAGGCUAUAGGAUUCUAUACACACUUUAAUUCUUAAAAAAAAAAUUGACAAGAUUUUUCUAGUUUUAUACAAAUUAACUAUAGGAAGUGGUCAUUAAAGAGAGAGAGAGAGAGAGAGAGAGAGAGAGACAGACAGACAGACAGACAGACAGACAGUUAAGGCAAAGAUCAAAGGAAUGAUUUUGCUACUGAUUUCCUU